AUGUCUGGUAUACCAUCAAUUGAAAGUAGACUUCAAUCAACACACAUUGGAACAGAAUCAACCACUCCAGACUCAAACAAGAUUAGAAAUGAUCAAAAAGCUGGUGUUCAAGCAAUUAGACAAUUUUUAAAAUCUAAAACUUCUUAUGAUGUUUUACCAGUUUCAUAUAGAUUAGUUGUUUUGGAUACUUCAUUAUUAAUUAAAAAAUCAUUAACUAUAUUACUGCAAAAUAAUAUUGUUUCAGCUCCUUUAUGGAAUCCAAAAACUUCAAGAUUUGCUGGUUUAUUAAAUUCACAAGAUUUUAUAAAUGUAAUACAAUAUUAUAAACAAAAUCCUGAUCAAUUUGAAUUUGUUGAUCGUUUAACUUUAAAUGACUUAAAAGAUGUUGAAAAAGCUAUAGGGGUAGAACCUAUUGAUACUGGUUCUAUACAUCCUUUUAAACCUUUAUAUGAAGCAUGUGUUAAGAUGGUUGAAGCAAGAUCAAGAAGAAUCCCAUUAAUUGAUGAAGAUGAAGAUACUCAUAGAGAAAUUGUUGUUAGUGUCUUGACACAAUAUCGUAUAUUAAAAUUUGUUUCAUUAAAUUGUAAAGAAACUUUAAUGUUAUUAGAAUCAUUAAAAAAUUUAAAAAUUGCAAAUACUGAUAAAGAAAUUUCUACAGCAACUAUGGAUACACCAGUUAUUGAUGUUAUUCAAUUAUUAUCACAUAAUUCAGUUAGUUCUAUACCAAUUGUUGAUGAACAAGAAAAGUUAAUUAAUGUUUAUGAAGCUGUUGAUGUCUUGGGACUGAUUAAAGGUGGGAUUUAUAAUGAUUUAUCAUUAAGUGUAGGAGAAGCAUUGAUGAGAAGAUCUGAUGAUUUUGAAGGUGUUUAUACAUGUACAUUAAAUGAUAAUUUAGCCACUAUAUUGGAUAAUAUUAGAAAAUCAAGAUUACAUAGAUUAUUUGUUGUUGAUGAAGAAGGGAAAUUAGUUGGUGUUGUAACAUUAAGUGAUAUCUUGAACUAUAUAUUAUUUGGAGAAGAAGAUUAG